AUGGGCGGCGUCCUCGCUAUUCCAGCCCUUGUCCUGCCUUCUGCGGCAACCCUAUGGUCGGUGGCUGCGUCUUGCUGUGGUGCGGCAUCAUGUUCCAUGAUCUGUGGGCCUUGCGGCAUGUCCAAGUUCCGAUCCUCGAUCGCCACAAGAAUUGCCUAUGCCAUGAUUCUACUGGUCAACAGUAUUCUGGCUUGGAUAAUGCUCACACCUUGGGCCAUCAAGAAACUGGAACACCUCACCCUCGACUAUAUGACUUUCAAAUGCGGCUCCUCCGAGUGCUACGGCUAUUUUGCUGUCCAGCGCAUCAACUUCGCUUUGGGCAUGUUCCACCUGAUCCUUUCUAUCCUUCUCAUUGGGGUCCGAAGCACCAAAGACACUCGAGCCGCUUUGCAGAAUGGCUUCUGGGGCCCGAAACUGCUGGUUUGGAUCGCCUUCAUCGUCAUCUCUUUUUUCAUUCCCGAGGGAUUCUUCCUGUUCUGGGGAAAUUAUGUCGCCUACACGGGGGCCAUGCUUUUCGUGCUCCUGGGCCUCAUCCUCCUGGUCGACCUCGCGCACACGUGGGCAGAACUCUGCCAGGACAAGAUUGACGAAGGGGAUGGACCAAACUACCGGCUGUGGCAGGUUCUACUUAUGGGGUCGAGCUUGGGCAUGUAUCUGGCUGCAUUCGCCAUGACCAUCGUCAUGUACAUCUUUUUUGCCAGCAGUGGCUGCAGCAUGAACAUCGCCGCCAUCACCAUCAACCUGGUCCUCCUCUUCCUUGUCACAUUCCUCAGCGUCCAGCCGACUAUCCAGGAUGCAAAUCCAAAAGCUGGUCUGGCACAGUCGGCCAUGGUGGCAGUCUACUGCACCUACCUCACGUUCUCAGCAGUUGCAAUGGAGCCAGAUGACAAGCAUUGCAAUCCUCUCAUUCGUGCCCGGGGUGCACGGACUACCACUGUCAUCUUGGGUGCGAUUGUUACCAUGCUUACGAUUGCUUACACCACUACUCGAGCGGCUACUCAAGGGUUCGCCAUGGGGUCUAACAGUGGAAAGAACAAGUAUGCUCAAUUAACCCAAGAUGAAAACGAGCACGGCCUUGUGUCUCAGCAGCCGGCGUCACGUCGUGAGAUCAUGAGAGCGGCGGUGGAAAGUGGGGCGCUACCGGCGUCCGCCUUGGACGAGGAUUCGGACGAUGAAGACAACACCGAAGUCAGCUCCAAGGACGACGAACGCCAAGGGACGCAGUACAAUUACAGCUUAUUCCAUGUCAUCUUCCUUAUGGCGACAUGCUGGGUGGCGACGCUUUUGACGCAGAAGAUGGACCCGGAGAGUUCGACCGACUUUACACCUGUUGGCCGGACAUAUUGGGCAAGCUGGAUCAAGAUCAUCAGCGCAUGGCUGUGCUAUGCCAUUUACUGCUGGACUCUGGUUGCGCCGAUGGUGCUCGAGGGGCGAGAUUUUUCGUGA